CACCCAGCCAUUCGGAGGCCGCCAAACACACGUGCACCUGCUACACCCCAAACAGCACACAGCCGAUCAUGAGCGCAGCAGCGAAAGGGAGCAAGAAGAAGUCUACAUCGUGGGGGUCCUUGGGGCUUGACCCCAGGACAGCCAAGGCAUCGCAGCGAAUGGGCUGGUCAAGGCCUACCGCUAUUCAGCGUGCCGUCAUCACGUGUGCGCUGGAGGGCCGCGACAUCCUCGCCCGCGCCCGCACAGGCUCUGGCAAGACAGGCGCAUACGCCCUGCCGCUCAUCAACGCAGUGCUCAAGGCGAAGGAGGAACGCGCAACAACAGCCUCUGGCGGUGAGGAUCAUGGAAUUCUCGCCCUUGUUCUUGUUCCCACCAAGGAGCUGGUGGACCAAACUGCAGACACACUCAAGCAAAUUGCAGCACACUGCGAGCAACAAGUGAGUGUCGUCUCCGUCGUUGCAUCAGCCUCGUCCUCCCGCUCUCGCAAGAAGAUGGAUGACGCGUCACUGCUGACGGACCUGCCGGAUAUUGUUGUUGCCACGCCAACCACUGUUCUCUCCAAGAUCCUGGAGAAGCGAGUGGUUGUGACAGACGACUUUAAGAUGCUAGUGCUCGACGAAGCAGAUCUCAUCCUCACAUAUGGGCACGACGAUGCCGUACGACAGCUCUCAACCGUCCUGCCAUCCGUCAAGCAGACCAUUCUCCUGAGCGCGACGAUGAGCGAGGACAUCCAGGCGCUGAAGAGCCACAUUGUGCUGCGGUCGCCGGCCAUCAUCAAACUUGAGGAGUCGGAUCUCCCCGAUGACGAGCAGCUGAAACAGCACGCGCUCGUGUGCAAUGACGAAGACAAAUAUCUCAACUUCUACGCCCUGCUCGCACUGAAGCUCCUGUCGGGCAAGACGCUGGUGUUUGUGAACACGGUCAACGAAUGCUACAAGCUGAAGCUGUUUCUUGAGAAGUUUUCCAUCCGCUCGUGUGCGCUGAACUCGCGGCUCCCCGCCAACAGCCGCCGCCACAUUGUCACGCAGUUCAACAAGGGCAUCUACGACAUUAUCAUCGCUUCCGACGAGACUGAUGGUAAUCAGGGCAAGAAGAUCAAACCGCGCAACGCAAAGUUUGUUGCGAGCGACAAUGAGUACGGUGUUGUGCGUGGCGUCGACUUCAAGGACGUCACCAAUGUCGUCAACUUUGAUUUCCCGCCCACCGUCGAGCGAUACGUCCACCGCGUUGGCCGCACUGCUCGGGGGCGGCAGAGCGGGAUUGCGCUGUCAUUUGUUGAUCCGCGACAGCGGUCCGCGUUGCACAGGGUGGAGAAGUUUCUGCAGGAGCAGGCAAAGGCACAAGACGAUGACGACGAGGAUGUGGAUGGCAAUGAUGAGGGUGGCAAGGCAGAGACUGAGAUUGAUGCGCAGGAUGGGGAAAUUAUCAAGCCAUACACGAUUAAGGUGGACGUUGUGAAGCCGCUCAAGUAUCGUGUCGACGAUGCCAUUGCGCACGUGACGAAGCGUGACAUCGACCUCGCCAUCCGCCGCGACAUUGAGCUCCAGCUCCUCAACUCAGAAACACUCAAGGCACACUUUGUGGAGAACCCGCGCGAUCUGCAGGUGUUGCGACAUGACACGGUUCUGCAUGACGUCAAGGACAUCAAGCCGCACUUGAAGGAUUUACCAUUUUACCUCAAGCCCAAAUCCACAGAUGCACAGCGGCUUCGUGUGUCCAAGAAGAAGAACAAGAACAGCAAAGGCGGCAACAGUGAUGGUGGUCGUGGCGGUGGCCGUGGUGGUGGUGGUGGUGGCCGUGGUGGCCGUGGAGGUCGUGGCAGGGGGCGUGGUCGUGGUGCUGGUCGUGGUGCUGGUCGCGGUGGUGGUCGUGGUGGUGGUCGUGGUGGUGGUGGUGGGGCCAAGAGCGGUAAGAGGCGGUCUGCCCAGGACCCUUUGCGGUCGUUCAAGUCUGCGAAGCGAUCAUAGCCGCAACAACAACUGUGCUUCAUGCUCCGAUUGAUGAUGAGCGUGCACUGCCCUGCGUUGAUGCUACGGGUCCUUGUUCCCUUUUCGCCUCUUUGUGAUGUAGUUUUGUGUGUGUGUGUGUGUGUGUGUGUGUGUGUGUGUGUGUGUGUGUGUGUUUGU